AUGGCAGAUACAGCGUUGAAGCCGUUCCAAAUCAGGAACCUGCAUAUUUAUCCAGCAGAGGAGAAUCUAUAUGACUCUUCGACCGAGAGCGUCAUCUCCAGCUCCGCGGCUGAUGAGACUCAUCCUAAGCCAUCAAGCCUCAUUCAGUUGUCCGCAGGUGAAUAUGAUAAGAUCGUUAGUGAUCACCCAAAUGGAACGUUGACAUAUAUUGACGAUGACGAUGGUGAUCUUAUCACUGUUGGAUCCUCUUUCGAACUCGAACAACGCCUCGAUGAACCAUCUCAGUAUAAAGCAAUCACCUCGCCGGACCAAACGGAACCAGCUGCGAUUCACUUGUUUGACAUUCGUCGUCGCAGAUCUAUAAUCAAGCUCUGGAAAGAUAUUGAGAAGAGAUCGAAAAUUCGAUGGGCUCAGCCUGCAUACUCCAAUGAUCCAGAAAAAAUCACUACGGGGGUUGUAGACCUGUCAAAACCUAAAGAAGCUGGCACUUCGUUUGAAGGGUCCACAGACUUGCGUCAACGAUGGUUGGACGCAUGCAGACCACCUCGGCUUCAGUCUCAGGAGACUCUAGAAAAAGAGGUUUCUUCUCCUGUCCUCAAGGACCUGGAAUCAUCCUCACCAACUAUAAUGUCAUUGUCAGCCAUUACAGAUGAAGGCAGGCGUCAGGCGGAAGAGGCAGGCAGUCGCAUCCGGAGUAUGUGGAAUGCACCCAUCCGUGUUUCCCAAGCAGCACCUGAAUUUAUCCACAAUCACGAGAAUCCUUGGGCUGUCUCAAUAGAACCGGUCAUAGAUGUCAAGGACAACAGCAGCACAUCCAACUCUCAACCGUCACAGUCUGAGGCAGAGUCAACGUCACUUUUGUCGGCAUUCGAGGCCGAAAUGGCCAAAAUUCUGGAAAAUUCUCAAGAUGCUGUAAACGAUACGAGCAAUCCCAUUGUCCCGCAAGAGCCACAGACUUACCGUUCCGAGUCGAUGGAGCAGAUAUGGCCAGUCAAUCUCGUGACUGGUGUCUUGCAGGCUGUUGCGGACGGAAUUGAGAAUAUGGGAUCAGAGCUUAAGACGAGGAUUCCUGAAAUGGAACGCCACUUGGCAAAUGCGCAGAGAGCCAUUCCGGAGGAUGUAGGUGCCAAAAUGCAGACGGCCUUGUCAGCAUUUGAAUCACAGAUUCAAAAUUUGGCACAGAUUGUACAGCAAGCAUCUAAUGCUUCUGGUGAGGCCGCUGAACGGGUUCGUCAGGCCGAUCUCCGGUCUACCGAGCAGAUGCUCAACGGACUUGGAGACAUUGCUAAUGAGUUUGAGGAUUUUGGAAAAACCUUGUUUGCUGCCUUUGAGACUGAGUUCGGUCAACGAAGAAAUGACGACGAGGCAAAUUCUACCGACCAUAUGACUGCGAGUCCGAACGCAAACCCUGUCCAGUCUCAAGAGAACGAUGUAUCGGCAGCUACUCAACCACCUUAUCAAAAGGGUAAGGAGACAUCCUCGUCAGCAAAAGUCAAUGUGCCUCAGGGGUCUCAUGGUAAGGCUUCGGAAGCAACAAUCACGGAAGUACCACCUGCUUCACUGCCAUCUGAUCUACGAGAUCAACUAUCAUCUCGUGUGGGGGAAUCCUCUAUACUUUCAGACAUCAGAAGCAGAGCUGUUGAAUUUAAUCGGCGACAGGUAGCCACUUCUCUCCAACAACAGGGGACUGGAAAAUUACCUUCCACAAGAGAACCACUUCUCUCAGAGAUUAGAAGUAGGGCUACUCCGCAAGAAUCGUUACUUCCAGAGAUCAUGAGCAGAACCACCCAACAAGACCCGCUGCACCCGGAGAUCAAAACAAGGGCCAUCCAGCAAGAACGCUUAGUUUCAGAGAUAAGAAGCAGAGCUGUCCAAAAUGAUCAGUCACAAGAGGAUAGUUCCCGACAACAAGAGAGUAUUCAAAAGCCUUUGUUCUCAAGUUGGCCAAACCGCCCAGCAUUUGUGCUGCCACCGAAACCAGCAGUCGCUCAACCACAAGUAACUGAUAUGAGUCAAAACAUUCACUCGUCUCAUAGUCGGACCUCUCAACCACCAUCUAUACCCACAACCACUCGUCCCCCAGUGCCUCCAAAAGCUGUCAAUGAGAAGCGAACUCUACGCACGGAUGCACAACCAGCAGCUCCAUCAGGAACGGGGGAUGACCACUCAGAGGAUACAAGCAAAUCCCUCUUUAUGGGUAACAUUGGAUUUGAGGUCACUGAACGAGUCAUUGAAGAGGUAUUUGCCUCUCACUUUUUUUCAGCUAAAGUCCACCUACCAAUAGAUUCGUCUACUGGCAGGCAUGCCGGAUUUGGAUAUGCCCGUUUCCUGUCUGAUUCGUCAGCAAAGGCUGCUCUUGGCAGGCUUCAAGGAGUUCUCAUUGACGGUCACUCUUUGAAUUUGGAGUACUGCGAUAACUCUCCCAUCGAUGACAUUCAAACCCAAGCUCGGCCACCAGUGGCCUCUAGUGGCAACCUUCCAAGUGUCUUUAGCGGCAAUGCUCGCAGCAGCAAUCUACGCGUUAAUAGGCCUGCUCCGGGCAACUCCUUGAAUCCCUUUGAUCACCCAGAAGAAACUCCAGAGUUUGCAGCACGAUAUCCCUCUCUACUUCCCACCUUCAAGUCUCAGGAUAACUCUUCGACAGUACCUGCACGUUCCAUGACACUUAGCCCUAAUUUUGAGAUGGCCCGCUUCCCUCCUGUUUCGCAAAUAGAUGCACAUCUACUGGCAAACCACCAGCGUCGAAGUCUCGCCGAGACUAACCCAGGCCGAUCGGGUCCUGAUGGUGUCUCCAGACUACAGCGAGAGGAGACUAGAAGACCAAGCGAAGAACAUCGAAUGCGAGAGCCACGACGUGUCGCUUCAACAAUCGAACGGGGAUCUACUAAUCAACUUGAUACUCAACGUAGUAGUGCGCGCUCUCUCAGACGUAGAGCAACGGAGGCAAAUUCAUUGCGUCGCCGCGCUUACGACAAUCCUUUCCGGGAUCCACGUCCCGUGAGCCUUUACGACAGACCUUCCGGGUCAACCCCUGGCAGUUUUCCGGUGGAUUAUGUCCCAGCAACGGUCACUAAUAAUGACGAGUCUAACACUGAUGGGGAUUUUCAGCAUGCGAUGCGACAGAGUCUAAUAGAUCAACUGAGAAUUAUUGCCGAGGCCUCUAACCUUCGUGUUUCCGAAGCUAUUGAUAUGAUUGAAGAAGAGCGGGCGGCUUAUGAGCGUUAUACGCCAAAUGCUUGA